CAAAUCAUGUUUCCACGACCAUCCCAAACCUCUAAUUUGUGCUCAGAAAUUAGUGGUCAUGGCAAUCAAGGUCCACGGAAGCCCUCUCUCCCCGGCAGCUCAGAGAGUUCUUCUCGCCCUUGCAGAGAAAGAUCUGGAAUACGAAUUCAUUCUUGUGGAUUUGAGAAGUGGUGAGCAGAAGAAGGAGCCCUUUAUUUCAAUCAAUCCAUUUGGUCAGGUCCCAGGCUUUGAAGAUGGCGACUUGAAGCUCUUUGAAUCAAGGGCUAUAACCAAAUACAUCUCACAUGCAUAUGCCGACAAGGGAACCCCACUGAUCGACCAAGAUCCCAAGAAACAGGCCAUCAUCGGAGUUUGGUUGGAAGUUGAAGCCCAUAGGUUUGAUGCUGUUGGUCAGAAGCUCAACUUUGAGUUGUUGAUCAAGGGAUUUAAGGGCCUGACCACUGAUGAAGCUGCUGUGGAGCAACUGCAGGGUGAAUUAGGGAAGGUACUUGACGUGUACGAAGGCCGGUUGGGUAAGUCCAAGUACUUGGCCGGAGAGGAGUACACCUUGGCUGAUCUUCAUCAUCUCCCGCUCAUCAACAACUUGUUCAAAACAAAGGUUAAGGCUUUGUUCGACGAGCGCCCGCACGUCGGCGCCUGGUGUGCCCAUCUCUUGGCCCGCCCGGCCUGGCAGAAGGUUCUUGAAGCCUGCAAAUUCUGAUCAUGCACCUAACUCAUAUACGUUGGUUUCCCUUUCUUGAUCAGUUUUAUGCUUUAACUUGGAGGUUUGGAGAAGUCAUGUAUCACAGUAUGAGUUCCCUCAUGAUUAUGGGAUAUUGAUGAUCAAAUAAAAAGAGAUCAUAUUGAAAA